CAGCAGGUACCAGCCAUUUCCACGUCUCUGUGUGUGACUGAUGUUCACGGGGCGCUGCCGCCGAGCAACGCCGCGGCCUCGGCAACCAUACACGGCUCUCUCGUCCAUGACUUCACCCUAGAGCUAGAGGCCACUAGUUCAUCACUACCCAGCCAAUGAGCCAAGCAUCGCCACCCAGACUUGACUCCCAAUGGAUGCACAGCUUGGAUCGGUUUUAUAGGCCAUGGUCUGCGUCGUCGUGUCGAUUCUAGAACCAAAUAGCUAGACGCCAUAACAUUUUCGAUCCAGAGCUAGCUCUCGACUUGUCGAGCUCGUACGCCCGAGUACCGGCACCAAGGGGGCUCUGAAUUCUGACCGAGCCGUACGUCGAGAGAUGGUGAAGAGGAGCGUGGUUCUGUACCCGGGCCUCGGCGUCGGCCACCUGACGCCGAUGGUCGAGCUGGCCAAGGCGUUCCUCCACCACGGCGCCGCCGUCACCGUCGCGCUCGUCGAGCCGCCCACCAAGUCCCCCGACUUCUCCGCGGCGGUCGCCCGCGCCGCGGCCUCCAACCCGUCCGUCACCUUCCACGUCCUGCCGCCGCCGCCGCCUGCCCCGGCUGGCCCUUCCGGCUCCGGCGGCGGCACGUCACCAGCGCACCACGUCGUCGUCAUGCUCUACCACCUCAAGGCCAUGGUCGCGCCGCUCCGCGACUUCCUCCGCUCGCUGCCCGCCGUCGACGCGCUCGUCCUCGACAUGUUCUGCGGCGACGCCCUCGACGUCGCCGCCGAGCUCAAGCUGCCCGUCUUCUACUUCUACGCCUCGGGCGCCGGCGACCUGGCCGUCUUCCUCAACGUGGGUCGCACGUCCACGAGCACGGCUUUCGCGGAGCUCGGCGACUCCCUCGUCUCGUUCCCCGGCGCGCCUCCGUUCAAAGCUUCGGAUUUGCCCAAAGAGUUCUCGGAGGGCAGCCCUGGAGCGAAGCCCAUCCUCGGCGCGCUCCACCGGCUGCCGGAGGCCGACGGGAUCCUCGUCAACACCUUCGAGUCGCUGGAGGCGCGGGCGGUGCGCGCUCUGAGGGAGGGUCUGUGUGUUCCCGACCGUUCCACGCCGCCGGUCUACUGCAUUGGGCCGUUGGUGUCGGGAAGCGGAGAGAAGGAGCACGAGUGCCUCCGGUGGCUGGACAAGCAGCCAGAGAGCAGCGUCGUGUUCCUCUCCUUCGGGAGCUUGGGCACGUUCCCCAAGAAGCAGCUCGAGGAGAUCGCCAUUGGAUUGGAGAAGUCAGGGCAGAGGUUUCUAUGGGUGGUGCGGAGCCCGCGAGACCUCGAGGACAUGUCAAGCCAGCCACUCCCGGAGCCGGACCUCGACGCCCUUCUUCCGGAGGGAUUCUUGGGGAGGACCAAGGACACUGGGCUCGUGCUCAAGUCUUGGGCGCCACAGGGGGAUGUGCUACGUCACAGAGCCACCGGUGCGUUCGUUACACACUGCGGAUGGAACUCGACACUGGAAGGCAUCACAGCGGGGCUGCCCUUGCUGUGCUGGCCGUUGUAUGCAGAGCAAAGAAUGAACAAGGUGUUCAUCGUGGAGGUGAUGAAGCUUGGGGUGGAGAUGAAGGGCUACGACGAGGAGUUGGUGAAGGCGGAGGAGGUGGAGACGAAGGUCAGGUGGGUGAUGGAGUCUCAAGGUGGGCAAGCGCUCAGAGAUAGGGUGGCAGAGGUGAAAGGUAGAGCGAUCGAAGCAAUCGAAGAAGAGGGCUCAUCUCAUGCUGCUUUUGUUGAAUUCUUGAAGGAUCUCGAUACCAUGAACUUGCCUUAGCAUUAGCACACAACGCACUUAAUUAUUCAAAGGUUUCGAGUCCCACGUACGUAGGCAUCGUUAAUAAUUCUUGCUUUUGAGUACUCAAGUGGUCAACAUGACUGUGCAUUUUCUACUCAUGUUGAUAUUAAAUAUAUUUUGAGCUUCUUUAUGUG